CUUCGUUGCCUCCUUCGGGGAUUAUAACGCGGGAGUUUUUCUUACUCUUCGCGUUGACCAAAUGUCCAACAUGGAAGAGGAACCUUGCGUUGCAUCUUCCCAUUUCUUAAAUGUCUUGGGGUAUUAUGCAGGACUCAUGACCAUAGCUUCCAGUUUGAUGUUCCUAGCGCAGCGAGGAGCCUUGGCUGUGGUAUCAUCCACCCGUAUUUGGCGAAUGGGUAUUUCUGUAAUCUGGAAGAUUAAGUCCCUACCCACAGUCAUGGGCAAAGCCGAAGGCUCUGUGGCUAGGGAAGAAUGGCAUGGACACGUUACUGCUCUCUCUGUUGCACCAGAAUUUCGACGGCUGGGUUUGGCUGCUAAAUUGAUGGAACUUCUGGAAGAAAUUUCAGAAAAAAAGGGUGGAUUUUUUGUCGAUCUCUUUGUGAGAGUAUCAAAUCAGGUUGCUGUAAAUAUGUAUAAGCAACUAGGCUACAGUGUGUACCGAACAGUCUUAGAGUACUACUCAGCUAGCAGUGGGGAGCCAGAUGAAGAUGCUUAUGAUAUGAGAAAAGCUCUUUCCAGAGAUACAGAGAAGAAAUCAGUUAUACCUCUGCCUCAUCCUGUGAGACCAGAAGACAUUGAGUAACUUUAAGCUGCGGUUCUCAUGCAAUGUACCAAGGGUCAGGUUCUGUCUCCUAUAACCCCCAACAACUUAUGCAUAAGAAGUUUUAGGCCAAAUGUUUUUCCCAUAAAAUACAUAUAAAAGCAAUGUUGAGAAGCUGACUAACACUGCUUCUAUUGGUAAUGCCUGUAUACUGCCACACUUACUCUAUUUUUCCUUUCACAUGUUGGAGAAUUGGAGACUAUUAAAAUGGAAUUACUUCCUGUA